UUAUCAUUUCUUUGUCCUCGGCGAGUUCCGGGGCUUCCGCGCAUACCGUGCCAUCGCUGGCAUCGUGCUGUGCGUCACGGGAGCCGAAGCUCUCUAUGCCGACAUGGGGCACUUUGGAGCAGGUGCAAUUUCCACUGCCUGGUUUUUGCUGGUUUGGCCAUGCUUGACCCUGCAAUAUCUGGGGCAAGCGGUGGUCAUUGCUGCGGACCCGCAGAUUGUCCAGCAGAAUCCCUUGUACAACACUGCGCCCAAGUCGUUGCUAUGGCCCGUCUUUAUUUUAGCAGCGCUUGCAGCAGUCAUUGCUUCACAGGCGCUUAUCUCAGGAGUGUUCACUCUCAUGUCGCAAGCGCAUGCUUUGGGCUUGAUGCCACGGAUACUAGUUCUACACACCAACCCAGAUGAGAAAGGGCAGGUCUACAUUCCUGAAGUCAACUGGCUGCUGAUGACCGCUUGCUGCGUUGUGACAGUGGCAUUCAAGACCUCUGAUGCUUUGGUCUCUGCCUAUGGCAUUGCGGUGACGGGUGCUUUCAUAUCUACUACCCUGCUGCUGCUGUUUGUGCUUCGGUACGUUUGGAAGCUUCCUUGGGUGCUUGUUCUUUUGGUGAUCGUGCCCAUGCUGGUGAUCGACUUGGUCUUCUGGACAGCAAACCUUCUCAAAAUCUUCGAGUCUGGCUGGGUUCCAUUGGUACUUUCUGGUUUCAUCUUCUUCGUGAUGAGUUGCCAUCACAGAGGUCGAAACCAUGAGCUCGCCAAUCAAGCACAGGAGGAGGAGGAAGAGCUGACCAGUUUGCAUUCCCACAUUGGUCCCAAGGGUGGCCAUGUGUGCACCGUGUGGGGCCUGCAGCGGCGCUUGGCAUCCAGAGACUUGGCACGGCCACUGGGCACCGCCGUCUUCAUGACACCCAAGGAAGCUCGCGUGCCCAGAAGCCUGAACGUCCUGAUGAAUGAGUUGGGUUCGCUGCCAAGGACGAUCGUGUUACUGCACAUUGCGUACUUGGACGAACCUUUUGUCAGCGAGUCGGAGCGGUUGACGUGCUCCACUGUGGAUAGAGAACUAGGCCUUCACACGGCCACCCUGCGCUUCGGCUAUGCCGAGCCGCUGACACCGGCGCGCUUUGACUUGCAUGCGAAGCUGGCGGACUUGGCACAGGACAGAAUCGCACGAUCAGUCACUGCACCAGUGGGUCGCUUCGAUCAAGAUGGAAAUCUGGAUAUCGCUGGUCAACGCUCUCCUCACGUCACCUACAUUGUGAACCGCAAGCAUUUUGUGUCGGCUGAGAAGAACUGCCUGGCGAGACUGCAAGUUGCAGUGUUUGCAGCUCUCAAUCGCAAUAGCCGAGCUCCCAUGUCCUUCUUUGGACUGGAGGGACAGUCCGUGUUGGAAGUCUCCGCAGUGACGCAGCUGUGAGCCAGGAGCCUUUGACCCAUGUAGCUGAUGUCCCCAUAGCGAAACAUAUCGAGACUCUCUAGAAGAGCAAGCUCGGCCACGGCCAAGCACAAUUGUU